CCACUAUGCAUAUUGCAUGAAUACCAACCGAACGCUUGAAUUGAGUGAGACAACUAGCUAAACUGCUUCAUCUGUUAUUCCAAUCUAUGUUAGAGAUAAACUGGUUUGGUGCUGAUUAGAUUAAUUAAACAUAUGCAGAGUCACUUGUGCAAGUAUCAUCAGACCACUUAAUUCCUAUUAACUAAUUACGUGUAAGUGUUGCUGGGUGGUGACUGCAUUGUGGUAAAACAAACAUGGCGUAUAAGUACAUCACUGCUCUAGAGCUUCAGGAGGAAGGCAAGAAUGCGAUAGAUUCCCCUUCCAGUCCCACAAAGGCCGAUGUUGGGCCCGAGGGAUAUCUACUGGAGGAGAAUGAGGAGCGCUCAAUGAUUGACCCCAUGUCCAGAGACGAUCCCAAGCUGAAGGAGCUAAUCAAGCUGCUGCUGGAGUGGAUCAAUGACGUGUUAGCAGACGAUCGCAUCAUUGUGAAGGACAUUGAAGAGGACCUCUUCGAUGGACAGAUCCUGCAGAAACUUAUUGAGAAGCUAGCCAACAUCAAGGUGGAGGUGCCAGAGGUGUCUCAAUCCGAGCUGGGCCAGAAACAGAAGCUGCGGGUGAUCCUUGAGGUGAUCAACCGGAUCCUCAACCUGCCCAGGCUCGGCACCUGGAACCAGCAGAAGUGGAGCGUAGACAGUGUCCACUCUAAGAACCUGGUGGCCAUUCUCCACCUGCUGGUACAGCUUGUACGUCACUUUCGUGCUCCCAUCAGACUGCCAGAGAAUGUGCGGGUGUUCCUGGUCGUAGUCCAGAAACGAGACGGCAUGUUGCAGCCCAGAAGGGUGCCAGAAGACAUCACUGGAACAAAUGAAGAUGUUGGUGGAAAGUUUGAACGGGAUGCAUUUGACACGCUGUUUGACCACGCACCUGACAAGCUGAACCUUGUCAAGAAGACCCUGGUUACAUUUGUCAACAAACAGCUGAUGAAGGUGAACCUGGAGGUCCAGGACAUUCAGAGUCAGUUCCAUGAUGGUGUGUACCUGGUGAUACUAAUGGGGCUGCUGGAGGAGUAUUUUGUUCCACUGCACAGUUUUCACCUCACACCCACAGAAUUCGACCAGAAGGUGCACAACGUUGGGUUUGCUUUUGAGCUAAUGCAGGAUGCUGGGUUGCCGAAACCAAAGUCACGUCCGGAAGAUGUCGUGAAUUUAGACUUAAAAUGCACGCUGCGAGUUCUCUAUAACAUCUUCACCAAAUACAAGGAUGCCACUGUUGCCUAGGAAACCAAAGACUCCCUCAUCUGACCUUACUGUUGCCAUGGCAAUCAUAGUUUACAAAGAAGAAGAAUCGAAGAUAAGGUUGAAAAUCCAAAUUAUUCAUGAAACUGUUUGAAUCUCUGUCAUUUUCAUCAUGAUUAUGUUAAAAAGUCAUUUUUCAUAAAACAUCAUAAUAGAAAUAUGAAUUUUAAAUCUUAAAUUUCAAUGUGCUUUUGUAAUAAGAAAUAUUUGGUUUGAAAUGCACUGAAUAUGUUUAUUAUACUCUUGUAUAGUUCCAUUAAUUUAUUGCCAUUUUCCUAACUCCAAUUAUGGAGCAAAAAAAGGGAAGCAAAUUAUAAAUAUGAGACACAUUCUGGGUAAACUGGGCCUUAUGUAAAGUAUCGUCCCAGAUAGGCCUGUGCAGUCACCACAAGCUAGUCAAGGAAGUCACGUUCCACUUUUUAGCUUUUUCGUGAAAGGCGAAAAGAGUCUUCCCUUAUUAGCGUGUACAAACUGCACAGGCUUACGAGUGACAAAACUUUAUGCACAUGCAUUUUACCUGGUUUUAGCAGAGGGCUACUCAUACACUGACUUGAUUACAGUAGGAAUACUUGAACUGAUUAUGCAGUUGAUUAAGGUGUAACUGAAAAUCAUGAUUUGUCAUACAUAAGGAGCACUCCAUGUACACAGUUGCUUAGCUCAACUUAUACCUCAAUUUGAAAAUCAAAUUGAAUUCAAUGGACUGAUAAUGCAAUGUUAUACUGCCUAGCAACCAUUUUAAACAUGGUACAGAGAGGCUAUUCUUAUGGUUUGCAGCUUCUGCCCAUAUGACCCAUGCUUAUUAUGUUAAUCAGUUUUGUUCACAGAUUGUAAAAAGUAAUGAUCUAAGACUUAUAUACAAAUAGUGUUAAACUAGCUUGACCUUAAAAUAAAUCAUGCAGAAACAUUGUGUUAAUCAUUAAAUUGAAUUAUCUUAUCACUUUAGAGAUUUUUAUAAUUUAGAGGUCAUUAUAAAGCUCAAGCUAGUCCUGAAAUGUGAAACAGAAAAUGAUGUUUUGACUAUCUAUUUUUCCUUGGAGUCUAAAGACUGCAUUUCUCUAUUGUGGUAUUAUUUGUUAAGUAUAUUUUUCUGCUAUCUUGUAUGUAUGAGACAUAUUAAUAAUGAAUAUUGACAGUUGAUGCUGAUUAUUUCAGAUUAAAAUUGUUACAAUUGUUAUGUUUUUUGCAAACAUUUUGUACAACUUUCACAUGUGUUCUUCUCUUUGUAAAUAGUUGUAGUUUUAUAUAGGAGCUUAUUAUAUUUGUAAUAUAGUGUAUGUGUUAAUAAGUUUCUGUUUUAUGUAACUUUUGCAUUGUUAACAGGAGCAGUCAUAUUUGUCUUUUAUAGAUGAGUGACUGCUAAUUUUGUAUUACCCGAAUACCUGUUAUUUUCACAUAUUUAGGUGAUGUUUGAUUUAGAAUUAACUUAAAAUGUAUAAAUGAAUAGCGAUUAUGAGUUUGAUCUAUAUCAUCAGAAUAUAAACUCUACAAUUUGACAACAUAUUCUUCAGUUAUAAUGAAAGCGAUAUUUUACAUUUUGGAACUUCUUUUCCAACUGUCAACCAAAACAUCGGUUUAAGCACUAGCCAAACCUCAUACUUACCCCAGAAUUAAUCCCAAACGAAAGUGUGAGUCAGGGUGUAGUGUUCCAAAAACUAGGUCUUCAGGUUGAUAUUUUGAAGACCUUUUGAUCUCUCCAAAGGCCACAUUAAUGACCCAAUCUAAUGAAACAUUUAUGACUUAAUUUUAUAAAACUUGGUCAGAUUGUUUACCUCUACAUUACAUUUUCUGGUCUGAGCUCGAAUCUGGGUUAUGUGAAUCCAAAAUCUAGGUCAUCAGGUCAAACCUUAUAAAAGCCUUGUUAUCACCCUAGAGUCAAUUCAGGAGUCAAUCUUGAUAAAACUUGGUAAAAAAGUUUAUCUUGACAAUAUCUAGAACAAGUUUAAAUCUGGGUCAUGUGUAUAUAGAAACAAGGUUAAAAGGUUUAAUGUUAAAAAAACAAACACGUAUCACUGAAGGAGCAACAUUAAAGACUCAAGCUUUCUAAAAACCUAAUACCCGGUAAGAAUGUUUAUCUUGACAAUAACUUGAUAAAGCUUGAAUCCAGGUCGGAUUCAUCAAAAUCUAGGUCACCAGGUCAAAUCUUUAUUAAGAAAAACACCUUGUUACCACUCCAGAUACCUGAUUUGUGACACAGUCUUGAUAAAGUUUGUUUGGAAUAUUUAUAUUAGAAAGCCAUGUUUGAAUCUGGGUCAAGUCAGGUCUAAAAUUAGAUCACCAGUUCAAGUCUUCCACAUUUGGUGUCAGUGAAUUCUUGUGAGCGAUGAACGGCCAUCAUGGCCCUCAUGGUCCAUUUUGUAUGGGCAAUAUUGGUAUUUUGCACUUGACAUGUAAUGAAAGUUUAAGAAUUUAACUGUCUUUACAUGUACACUAUAUUUGAGAUAAAACAUAAAUUGUUCAAGCAGUAUCUUUCAGAAUACAUGUUUUUUGCCUGUCUUCUUUUGAAUCUCCAUCUUAAAAAUUGAUUCUGUUUGUUUUUUUUAAUUCUGUAAGUUUGCAACUAUUUUAAAAUGUUAACAUAUCAGUAUGGGAAGUAAUGUUACAAUAUUGUACAAACUAAGAAACUUGUGAUUUUGUUGUAAGCUCUGAUGUCAUCAGCAUCUUGAACUAAAGACCAAUGUGAAGAACUGAUCAAGCAUUAAAAUUUCCUCUUGCCUACGUUUAUUUUUUUGUUACAAAAUCUUAAAAAAAAUUUAGAGACCUGAUGCUUCCAAUAAUAUUCUUUGAUGUGGCUUGUACACUUUUUGUCAUCUAUAUUUGUUUUAUAAUAUAUAUUUUUAUUUAAUGCUAAUUGAUGUUAAUACUACCCAUGCCCCAAAUUAAUGCAGAAUGAUAUUUGUCAAUAAUUAUUAUUACCUUUAAUUUAUUAAUUACCAGUUAUUAAGUAGAUGAAUCAACAAAUUCAUUUUCAAUUAUUUUACAUCAGGAAAGACAUAUGUGCCAUACAUGAAAAUUCUUAUAUUGUUUACCUGCUUUCUUUGUGAUUCUACAUAUUCAAUAUGUAUGUAUUUUUUGUUAACAAAAAUUGUGCCAGAUAAUAGACAGACAUUUGGAUUUCUGUUUUAUAAUUUAUUAAAAACCUAUAAUUGUAUGUAACAAACAUUAUAUAUAAUCACUUGCAUGACCACAUAUAUAUAUUGCAUAGAGGGAAUAAGUUCUCUUGAUAUAACUUUAAUUAUGCACAUGAUUCACACAUUCACAUCUGUUAUAGUUGUUAUUUUGGGAGAAAAGCAGUAUGUUAAAACUAAUUUGUUUAAAUGUUAGUUGAUAAUUUAUAUUAGCCGUGCUCUGUGAAAAGGGGGUUUAAUGCAUGUGCGUAGUGUCUUUCCAGAUUAGCCUGUGCAGUAUGCACAGGCUAAUUCGGGACUGCACUUUCUGCCUAAUCUUGAUUUUUGCUAUGAAGAGACUUUCUUGAAAGGAAAAAUAUCAUAAAAGCGGAAAGUGUCGUCCCUGAUUAGCUUGUGCGGACUGCACAGGCUAAUCUGUGACGACGAUUUUAUGCACAUGCAUUAAACCCUUUUUUCAGAUAGCAUGGCUCAUGUUUUUUAUUUUACUGUCAAAAUACAAUGCAACUGGUCUUUUAUCUUGUGUAACUGCUCCUUUAGGGAUAGUGGUGGGGUCCAACCCUUUAUAUUAUGGUCAACCUAAACAAAGACAAAAGUCUAUUAAUCUAUAAAAAAAUAGUUGAGUUUUCAAUGACGUGGCAUUUCAAAACGAUUAAUGCAUAAUAAUGGUUUUAUUUUUCUCUUAUUCUCUGAGAAGCCAUGCAUAUUCUCUGCUGUGGAAGGAUGGAUAUUCUCUGUAGACAAAGCAAAUAUGUGAAACUUUAUUGUUCUUGAAAUAUUUACUUUCUAUGAUUUUUGUUACACAACUGUUUAUAUUUAUUUCACGAAAAAGUAAGUUAAUAAGCAUAAAAGUUUAAGUUAAUUAAAUUGUCUUUUGGCAUUUAUCUUUCUCUGUGUUUGCUUUAGCUACUCAUUUUUCAAGACAUUUAUUAAAUGCAAUUAUGAUAUAUUGCGUAUUUGUGAUCGUGAAAUUCAAUUUUGAAAGGUUUUUUAACUGACACUUCUGGAUUCUUCAGCUACAAGUAAAACUGAAUUAAAUUUAUUUUUAUGUCCCCCACAACUAUAUUGGGGGACAUAUUGUUUUUGCCCUGUCUGUUGGUUUGAUCCAACUUUAACAUUUUGCCAUAACUUUUGCAAUAUUGAAGAUGGCAACUUCAUAUUUGGCAUGCAUGUGUAUCUCAUGGAGCUGCACAUUUUGAGUGGUGAAAGGUCAAGGUCAUCCUUCAAGGUCAAAGGUCUAAAAAAAAUCAAAGCGGCGCAGAAGGGGACAUAGUGUUUCCGACAAACACGUUUCUUGUUUAAAUUGAUAACCAUAAAGAAUUGUUUGUUUCUUCAGUUUUGUAUAUUUAGUAGUAUGUGUACUGCAUUUUAGCAUUAAUUUAUUGAUAUUGUUAUAUAUAAAUGUGUUAUUAGAAAGUUUGUAUUACAGUAUGCAAUAUGUUUUAACAAUAUAUUUUAAUUAAGAUAUAUGUUUGCCCAUAUUAUUUUAUGUUAUGGUGCUAUAAAUAUUGUAUGAGUAAAAUAAAAGUUCAAAUAUA